CUAUUCCAGUGGACUUCCAGUGUGUUUUCUUCGCUAUGGCCGGAAUCCUUCGCGGAAGUAAAUUAGUGCGGUAUUUUGCGGGUUUUGCCCGGAGUAUUGCCUUCAAUACUACCCGGGAAAUUGAGGGAAAUGCUGUGCAGCAGGGUCAGUGUCUCUGUGGGCAGAUAUCACAGGGAUUCUCAACAGCCGCCCGGUCCGAUCAAAACCUCGAUAGAUCCCUGAAGCGCCUGGAUCAGGAUGUCAGGCGCUCGGGGAGGAUUUCGAGGAGGGACAUCGAAGAGAUUCUCGAGGAGAUUCGGCUGCAACGGUCAGCAACGAGCUCACAAUCGUUGCUGGUUAUCAGAUGCUGCGGGAAUCUCGUUCCUGAGGAACUCCCUGAAGUCCGGACGGCUCUUGUGCAGGAGAUAUGGCGUACUCUGAACAAUCUCAAUGUGCCCAUGGAUAUUUCGCACUACAAUGCACUGCUAAGGGUUUAUUUGGAGAACGAGCAUCCCUUCUCGCCAACGGACUUCCUCAAUGACCUGGAGAGCAAGGGAGUGGAGCCCAAUAGGGUCACGUACCAGCGUCUGAUUGCAAGAUACUGUCAGGAUGGGGAUAUUGAGGGUGCAACGAAGAUUCUGGAAUUUAUGCGCGAGAAGCAGCUUCCAGUCAAUGAAAAUGUCUUCAAUGCUUUGAUUCUGGGGCAUUCCCAGGCGGAUGACAUGGAGUCCGCUCUGGGGAUUCUCAGUGUGAUGGAGCAGGCGGGCCUGGAGCCAAGUGCUGACACUUACACGACCCUCCUUUGUGGAUACGCCAGGAAGGGAGAUGUGGAAGCAAUUAAGAAAACCCUGGCAGAGUGCGAGAAAAAAGAGGUCUUCCUCCUGGACAAGGACAUCCUGGACAUUCUCUACGCCCUCACGAUCAGUGGCCAUGGAAAACAUGCAGAUACCCUGCUGAGCUGUGUCCGGAAAUCCAUUGGAUACAAUCAGGAUGCCAUCAAUACCAUCCUGCGCCUGACAAAUCGCGGAGAGGAUGAAGUUGCCCUGAAAAUCCUCCGUACCAUGCCGAGAAAUGUCAAAGCAAGUGGCGAGGUCAGUGACACGGGCAAUUUUUUCAUCAGGCAAAUGGUAAAGGCUAAGCUUCCGGUCGAGAGAAUUCUGCAAGUUUGUCAGGCCAUUCAGCAGGAAGGAUUAAAUUCCCGACCCCUUCUGAUUGCAAUCGAAGCUGGCCUGGUGCAAGGAAGCCCAGAGAUUGUCAUCCCGCUGCUCAAGAAAGCCCAAGAAUUGGGAUUUCCACUGAGGCAACAUUACUUCUGGCCACUUCUCUGCUCAGCUGCCAAGACAUCCUCAACUCAAGGAGUUGUCGGUGUCUUGAAGCAGAUGCAGGAGGACUUCAGUCUUCAGCCGACCAGUGAGACAAUCAGGGAAUAUGUCAUUCCCAAUUUGAAGGCCAGGAGGGAUGAUAUAAUCCGGGAUUUGACGAAUGCCGGAGUAUCUCCGGCCAAUGUGGGCAGUAGUUUGGUCUACAAUGAACUGUCGAAGGGAAAUCUCAAGGAAGCAGCUGAUAUUUCAACGAGAAUUCGAGCUUUCUAUCAUCCAAAUCUCUUCAGGCGUCCACUCAUCUCGGCUCUGGGAGCAUCCAAGGACUGCGAAUCCUUCAUCAAGGUCACCAGACAGAUUUACGAUGGGAUCCCAAGAUUCUACGGGCGACAGCAAUCGGAGGACGCAGAGAGUGAACCAGAGGAGGCUUCUGGGUUGAAUCAGCAAGAAUGUCUUGGGCAGAUUAUCUACGAUGUGGCCACUUACUUCCGGAAGGACAAUAAUGAGACCUUGGGGAAGGUUCUUGAAGGUUUAGUUCAGCAGGGACUUUCGAUAAGUUCUCGUCAAGCUGAACGAAUCCAGGAGAAGCUUGGCUCGGAAUUGACUGUUGAGAUCUCCAAGAGUCUUGGUCAGUUGGCUUCCGGGGAGUUGGAACCUGUUGCUCUGACGCAGGAAGAUGGUUCGAGGAGGACGAAUACCCUCAAUCAGAUGAGUGUUGCUCAGUUGGAGAGGAUUAUUGAGCAAGUGGAGGCCAAGGGGGAGAAUAGUAAAGGGCUGAAGAGGUAUCUGUUGGCUUCGUGCUUCCGCAGCAAGGAUCUCAAGAAGACAGAAGAAGUUAUCCAGAGAUUGGAAUCUGAGGGAUACAGUUUCACGUCUGGAGUCUAUGCGCAGUUGAUUGAUCUGUACUGUCAUCAUGAGAAUCUGGAGAAGGCUUUUGACGUUUAUCGGAAGAUCAAGGACAAGGAACCGGAAUUUCUUCUGGACAAUCUCAAGACAAUUCGCUUGGCUACGUUGCUGUUGGGUCAGGAGCGCGUUGAUGAAGCUGUGGAGUUUCUGCAGAAGAACCAGAAGCCUGAGAUUCGUCCUGAAGAUCAGACAUUCAACUAUCGCACAACUUGCUGGCGAAUGCUGAAUUCCCUGGCGGACAAGGGGCAGUCGGAGACUCUGGAGAGGAUUUUCUCGACUCUGGAAGCUGGGAAUUACAUUGAAGUGAGUAAUGUCCUCCUCGGGCCGUUAAUUAAAGCCUGCCUGGUGAAGGAUGAUCUGCCCAAAGCGAUGGAGACCUUUGAGAAAAUCUCCGUGAAGUAUCAAUCGACUCCGUGGAAGAAUGAACUUGCCUGUAGGCUCAUUCAGGCUGAAGAUGCCAACAAUCUCCAACGUUUGACAAAUCUCAGCACGAAGAUUCACGGAGAAGUCAAUUCUCUGUACGAUUUGGUCUUUUCCUUCGUGGAAUGCGGAAGGAUUCGGCAGGCGAGGAAGAUUCUCGAGACUCCUGGCCUGAGGGUGAGAUACCAAAGGUUGAACACGGCCUGCGAGAGGUACCGUCAGGAGGGGAUGGUCCGGCCACUUGAAGGACUCGUGGAAGCCACCAAAGAUUUAAAUCACAUCGAUCGUGAGGAUAUCUACUACAAUCUCCUUCUGAGCUACUGCAAGGAAGAUGUUCCGGACAAGGCAUUGGGAUUGUGGACGAAGAUGCAGGAAGAAGAUAUCACGCCAUCUGAAGCAUUUCUCAUGAAACUCGGAAAGUAUCUUCAGUCGAAGAAUUUGGAAGUUCCCUUUGCCAUCCCAGAAGUCAAAUCGUCAUCAGUUCAGCAACCACAGUCCCCACCAAAAGUCCCAGCUCCGAAAUCCAUCCAAGAACAGCCCAAAUCCUCCCCAGCAGAAUCCACAAAUGCCUCAGCUUUCAAGAAAGCCCUCAAACAGGGCAAUAUCGAUGCAGUCAUCCAGGCUCACAAGAAACUCAACCCAACGGACAAAUUGAGUGUGACGCAUCAGUCGCACUUCCUGGAACUCCUCGUGAAAUUCGACAGGCUGCAAGAAGCCAAUGAGCUGCUACAGCAAAUGCUACAGGAGAAAACACAUCCAAUCCCGAGAAUCUUCAGGUUCUACCUGAACAAAGUGGCAGCAGCUGGAGAUGUUGGGCAGUUCGAGAGGAUUUCGCAGUAUUUGUCACCGGAAAUCAAGAGAACCAUCUCGUAUGACAAUCGCCUGUGCCAUGCUUACGUCACGGCUGGACGGGCUGAGGAGUAUCUGGAGAAAGUUGGCAAGGAACUGGAUGGGGCGAAGAGUGAUAAAGAGAGGACGGUUCUUGCGGAGAAAUUCCCAAGAGGAGGAGCACAAGGGGUCCUGCAGAAACAUCCAGAAUUGGUGGACAAAUAUGAAAACCUGGCCAGAAAAUUCAUGCAACACAAAAUCACGUCUCCCAUGAACGUCCUCUGGAUCCAUCACUUUGUCACGGGCAAUCAGGAAGCCCAUGAGAAGAUCUGGCAGGAGCAUCUCAAAGAAGCUCCACGGCUCAUGUUCCAUCGGAUUGUCCAGACGGCUCGUGAGAACCAGGACAUUAGUCUGAUCAGGCAUUUGAUUGGGAAGCUGAAGGAAGCGAGUGUGAGCGAUGGAGCUCUUGGGAAUGCUUACAGCUGCCUCCUGGACAUCCAUUCGGCACGAGGGGAAUUUGAUGUGGGACUCGAGGCACUGAAUGCAGCUGUCCAGGAGAAAGUGCCCAUCCAGGGAAUCAACAGAACAGCUCUGAUGCGACUCAAAGAUGGCAUUGAGAAGGCAGGUAAACAAUUCCCUCACAAAAUCCCAGAGAAAUCCAAUCAGAAGGAUCAAGAGUCCUCGAGUAGUAGUAGUAGUAGCAGUAGUAGCGAUGAUGAACCAGAGAAGUCCAAGAAGUAGUUGCGAGGAAGAAGAAGCAGAGGGAAGUGAAAGAGAAUUUGGCGGAAGAAAUAUAUAAUUGCACCCAUUUAGCUUAAAAAUUACAUUAAAAUACAAAAAUUUCUAGCAAUCCAAUGCCCCAAUUGAAUAAUAAAGGGGGAGUCAUUUGUGGAUUUGAUAAAA